GCUUUAACGUUUGACUCCAUCCAACUUCAACCCUCGGGUGCUACCUAGCCAUGUUAGCUAUUUGGCAUUUAUACCUCCAUGCAUCGCUUCUUGUUGGGAACGUGGAAGAAAGAUCCCCAUACACGUACAUGGACAUCACAUUUUACCCUGUGCAUACACCCUACGAGACUGGUUUGAAAAAUUGUGUUUUCUGAAGUGAAUACUUCAACAGUUUUACUGCUAAAUUUGACUUUUAGGACAUUUUGUGCUUUUAAAUGGCUAGCCUACUAGUACUAGUAGUAGAUGGCCUAGUACAUGUUGGUCACUUCAGGGAAAGAUUUGUUGCAUCUGUGCCAUGUAGGGCAUGAAGCGAGCUAGGGCAAACAGCACUGAUCGUGCACAGAAGCGCAGAUGUGGGGAUUUAGCCUCCCAGCCCAAAUAUGCCAGUGACGCAGUUCAGUCUGCGUCCACGCUGAAACCAAAGAGGGUGUCUGAGAGAAUUGCAACCAGACAGAAAUUAGCACUGGCGGCUGGAGUGGGCCAUCGUCCCAAGGUUGCCGGCAAGGCAGAGCAGCAUCGCAAGCUGGUGGCCGCAGUCAGGGAGAGCAUCAAACCCGUGGAGACAGCCAAGGAAGAUGCGAAGAAACCGCCUGCCAAGGCGAAGAGUAAUAUUGCAGCUUCCAAGGCCAAACCACGAGCAGCUAGAACAAGCGCUCUUAAGGAAGGGAACAAGGAGGCAAGGAAAUCAAAGAAAGACGUGGUAAAGAAAAAGGAAGGGACAAGCCAUAAGAAAAGUAAAGAAGUGAAGAAGAAAAAAGAGAAGAAAGAAAAGAAAAGUAAGAAAAAAAGCAAAAAGAAAAGUGAGGACAGAACAAAGACAAAAAGCCAAAAGAAACGUGAGGACAGAACAAAGACAAAAAGCCAAAAGAAAAGU